AUGACGACCCGCAAGAAAAUCCACUCACCUCUGCCUGAGAUCCCCGGCCGGACUAAGAUCCAGUGCCUUUAUCAAAAGGGUAAAGUUGCAGCGUGCCUUCACUGGAUCUCAGUCCUCCCCGGCCACCUCUUGGCGGAGAUUUUCAUCCGGCUGCUCGACCCAGAAGACCUCGCCCGCGCCUCCGCCGCCUGCGUUACCUUUCGCCGCGUCGUCACCGACGGCUCGUUCCUCCGCCGAUUCCGCCGCCUCCACCCACCACCAGUCCUCGGCUUUCUCUGCCUCGGCGGGUUCCACCCCGCUCAGCCGCCUCACACCUCCGCGCCCGCCGCCCGCGCGCUCGCCCUGGCCGCUGACUUCUCCUUUUCGUUCUUGCCUUCGCGCCGCCGAUGGGCCGUCCAGGACAUCCGCGACGGCCGCGUCCUCCUCGUCGGCAAGCAAAACAUGAUGGCUGAAGGGCCCUCGAUCUCGAUGUUCCCGGAGCUCGUGGUGUGCGACCCCUUGCACCGGCGGUACAUCCUGCUUCCCCCACUGCCCGAUGGCCUAGUGGCAUCGGUGGAGAGGCAAGAUGACGAAUUUUUAGGGUGGUCUUGCGAGCCCAGCCUCAUUCCACUCAGCGAUGAGGAGGCUGCCCUGGUGGAAGAGACGACGUUCAGAGUGAUCUGGUCGGCAUCUUGCAAAACCAAUAUGGCCGUGUUUGUCUUCUCUUCGACCACUGGGCAAUGGCGAGCUACUGCAUCCCAGACCUGGAGUGAUCUGGUUAUUGACAGGCAGCCUUUGUAUUUUAUCAGGCGCCAUUUGGUGGGCGGCUGCGUCUACUGGGUCUUGCCGAUGAACAAUACGGAUUUGCUUGUGCUUGACACCAGAACUAUGGAGUUUUCCAUUGCUGACCUCCCACCUGGACAAUGGAACCGGCAAGAUAUAGCUAUUGUGGAUGCAGGGGAAGGCAGGCUUGGGAUGCUUAGUACAGGUGGAACAGAGAAGUACUUGAUCCUACUAAGGAUAGAAACCCCGAAGUACUUAUCGCUUAGCCCACCAAUCAUGGAAUUUUGCAAACUGGAUGUCCGGACAAUGCAGGUUGAGAGGAUGUGUGCGGAAUCUUCCGGGUUUUCCGGUUCUAAAGUGUGCCUAUAUGCCGACUUCCCACCAUCGCUGUUGUCUUCACCGACAGUAUGAAGAGAGUCGAUCAAUGGAGGCAUAGUCAGUCAGAUUAGCAUCCUCGUCCUCAGAACUCCGAGCGGUUGCAAUUUCGGCAGCAUGGACCCCGCGUAGAUGUGAUGGCCUUGCCUGGAAAAAGACAUGAUUUAAUCUCAGUGGACUCACUAUCCCCAGUGCUUAUGGCUCAUUGUUAUAUAUGUUGUUGUUCCUGUGUAGUAUGUUACAUGGAUCAUGUGGUUACUCCCUGCUGAAACUAAGAACGUGACACUGGCAUUCAAUCAACAGCAGUGUGGGCAGCGUUUGCGAGGUCAGGGUGCCAAUAUGGCUUAUUACAGUUUAAGAGGCAUUUUUCGCAAUGACAGUGAGAGAGGUUUCUAUUUUCUUUCUUUUGUUUCCCUGGCUGUUUCUACUUUUCUGUUCUCCCCUCCUGCCAGCGUGACUCACAAAAAUGAGAUGAUGGUGGUGUUGGCUGGUUUACUGUCUGUUUGUAGUUUGGUUGUCGUAGUUCAGUUCAGUUUAAGAAGCUUUUGUCGCAA